AUGAUUUUCUUAUCGAAACGACCUAAUAGAAGUCAAGCUUCGUCAGGCAAAGAAGCAUGUCUAUCAAUCAUCGGGCUUUUCUUAGCUAUUGGACUUGUCGGUGGACUUACUGCACUGAUUUAUGGUUUAAUCAAAGGCAAUUCAUCGGGAGUAAUCGGCGGUGGAAUUGCUCUCGGUGUUUCAAUUUUCUUAACUGUUCUCUUCGUUCUUCUGAUUGUGUUUUGUCUGAAAACAGAGCAUCUCAGUUCGCAUACGCGUCGUCACAAUCCAAAGGGCCAAAUGAGACACACUCCGUCUUCGCAUGAAAUACCCAGUAUUUCUAUUGAGCAAAAAUAUGGACGUACUAACGGAUUAUAUCCGCAAGUUAUUUAUCCUCAAAUUCCUCUGGAAUUUGUCGAUAAUUCUAACUAUGGCUUUGGUAGACAAAUGGUACAUUCACCAUUGCCACCACCAGCGUUUGAUUCACUGAAUCAAAGUCAAUCAUCAGCGAAUAUAUAUGAUUUGCCACCGAGUUAUUAUAACUGA